AUGGACAUCAGACUGGUGGUCUUCUGUAUUCUACUUGUGGCCGUGACUGGACAUCCACACAAGAGACGGUGCCCAAUAUCUAGAUAUAAAUCAGUAUCUUCUGCAGACAUCAAGAUGAUCAGAGAACUUCAAAAUGAAUAUGAGAAGAAAAAGUGCACUAGAGCAACGAAAUGCUGCAAAGGAAUGAUGAGACACAAGCCAUCUGUAUGUGACCUAGAGUCCAGUGACCGUCUGAUUCUGACAUUGGAGCGAGUUACAAUAACCACAGAGGUUCUGGCAAAUCUGUCCACGUCUGCUGUGCCUGUCCCUGUAUCACAGUCACUCAUGAUGUUCCUCAAGGUCAGGGAUGAUCUUCUGAUCUGUAGGGAGUCACCAGGAAACAGUAAAACACCUUCUGAAGAGCUGAAGCCAUGGCUGCACCAUCUCCAGCACUUUGUGAAAGAGGCAUCUCCACAAUGUCUCCAGGACGCCGUGUUACUCAACCUUAUCCCGCUAAUGGUGGAAGAUAUUGGGUGUUUGGUUCAUGGGAUGUAA